AAAAAAUGAGAAUAUAUAAGAGCCAUAUCUUUGGCCUCAAUAUAUUGCAACCAGAACUACUACAGCCUUAUCCCUAGAAGUAUUAUCAAGUACAACAUAUUAUGAAGCUCUUCUUGGUUUUCAUUCUAGCCACUCUUCUUUUGACUCAGGCUUUGGCAGAGGCUUCGUCGAUCAAUAUCAAUGCUGGAAAUUCUCUUAGCCGUACUGUUGAUGAAGGAAGUAGUACUGUGGUAGCUAUCCACAAAAAACAUAUUCCAAAAAUCAAUUGCAAUCUUGCAUGCUCGAAGAGAUGCAAGAAGGCGUCAAAGAAGAAGAGAUGCAAGAGAGCUUGCAAAGCUUGUUGCGUGAGAUGCCACUGCGUUCCUCCGGGCACUUACGGCCAUAAGGAUGUCUGUCCAUGCUAUGCUCGCCUCCGAACCCAUGGAAACAAGCUCAAGUGCCCUUGAAAUAUAUUUAUUAAUAUUAAUUAAUUUUUCUCUCACUACCUAAGAGAUAUUAUUUAUCAUGUAAUAUAUAUAAAAUAAAGCACACUAUUAUUCAAAAUAAUCUUUAUUUGAAUACUAGUGAGUGAUUGCAUGUGUGUUUUAAAUCUAUGCAAUAAUUAAUUUGUCUUUAUGUUAUACAUGUUAUGGAGUAAUCAAUAAGCAAGGAGAUCUAUAUAUGUAUGAGAGGAUGUAAGAUCAUUAAAUUAUGUUUUAUUGUUUAAUAA